AAGUGUGUACCUUGUGUAAUCUGUUUUGAGAUUGCCAUGAAAACAGCCGUGAUGCUGGCGUGGCGUUAAAAAGUGAAUGCAUAAAUAAAUCAGCUGGUCUACAACUGUUGAGCAAAAUGUGCUCGGCUAGUUGUGUGCUGGUUCCUUUAAUGACUUGACUUGGAAGUUUCUUUUAUUUUUGAGCACCACCUCCUGGGUUUGUGUUCGUUGAAUAUCUGACAUAACUCUGGUGUCAAGACUGCAGCUUCAUUCAAAGCAUACAGCGGUUUAUUUGCAUGAAGUGUAAUGUUCUCUCUCUCAGUCGGAGGCUAUGAGCAGCAGCGAGUGCUUCGGUUGCGGCCGCACGGGCCACUGGAUCAAGAACUGCCCAAACGCAGGCCGCGGCCGUGGAAAGGGUCGUGGCCGAGGGAAAGAUCUGUUCUGCUAUCGCUGUGGAGAGCCAGGCCACGUGGCGAGGGACUGUGAGAGGACCGAGGAUGCGUGCUACAACUGUGGCAGGGGCGGCCACAUCUCCAGAGACUGCAAGGAGCCCAAGAAGGAGCGCGAGCAGGUCUGCUAUAACUGCGGCAAGGCCGGACACAUGGCCCGCGACUGCGACCACGCUAACGAGCAGAAGUGCUACUCCUGCGGCGGCUUCGGACACAUCCAGAAGGGCUGCGAGAAGGUCAAGUGCUACAGGUGCGGGGAGAUCGGACACGUCGCCGUUCAGUGCAGCAAGGCCAGCGAAGUCAACUGCUACAACUGCGGGAAGUCCGGCCACGUGGCCAAAGACUGCAGCAUCGAGGCCACCGCUUAGCCCCGGGCCCUCCAUCGCCCCUCCUUUCUCUGAUUGAUGGCUGUAUUGUUUUCUCUGAGUCCUCUUCACUGGCCAUCGGUUGGCUGAUAGAGGCUAUUCCCAGGCCAGUGAGCUCUUGACAUGUAGAAGGUGGAAAGGGGUAGAAGAAAACUUCCCACUUUCUGCAUUUAAUACAAAAAUUUUUAUGUUUAGUUUGGUAGAGGUGUUAUGUAUAAUGCUUUGUUAAAGAACCCCCUUUCCGUGCCACUGGUGAACAGAGAUGUGUUGAGUGGAAGAGCGUGUGUCGGAGAGGCCUCUGGAGGCUCGGAGAGAAACACACAUGCUAAAAACCAACCAUACAGAGAUCAGGGAAGCGCUCGCUUCUUGCAUUGUUUGUUUUAUCGCUGAGACUGAGGUAGUCUACGAGUGAUUGAGCUGGAAAAGCAGCACAGGACACAUACGGUUGGGUCUAUCCGGGCCAAACCAGCAGUGCGCAGCUAUGUGGAGAAAACAACAACAACAUAAAUGAAUACGUCACGUGUAAUAUAGCGCAAACAACUCUAUAGCAUAUUCUGGAAGCCUUGUGUAAGAACAGUACCAGAAAAUGAAAUCCUUUAAAACAUGGGCUGUUUGGUCAGCCGUGACGUGGCAAACCUAGUUCAUGAUCCCAGGAGAUAACCGAUGGAUGGAGUGUAGGUCGCUCCACCCAAGCUGAAAACUUCAAUAAAAAAGGUAAUAAAACAGAUUUGGAGUUAGAAGAAAGGUGAACGUUUUCACAGAAAUCAAAAUGUUAUUUUUAUACAAUAUCACUUAGACUACUCUAAAAAUAAUAAUGAUGAUGAUAAUAAAAAACUUUCAUUUGCUUGUACUCAGUUUUUAAGUCGGAAGGUGAAUGCAACUGAAGUUGUAGGACAUAGAAAUGUAAUUUUAAACUCAAUAAAUCUGGAGGAGGAAGGGGUGUGAA